CCAAAAUUAGUUCCAGAUAUUGUACCACAGCUUCGUUACCUAACAUUUUUGUGUUUUCAAUUCUGGCCAUCAGAUAAAGCUAUAAAAAAGAUAAAGAAAACGCCCAUUCUAUUUUUAUCAGGAACAAAAGAUGAGAUUAUACCACAACAACAUAUGAAAUCGUUAUAUGAAUUAGCACAACCAGUGGGGGGAAAAGAAUGGACAGAAUUUAGUAACGGAAUGCAUAAUGACACAACUUUACAGCCAGGCUAUUAUCAAUACAUUGGCUGGUUUAUAAGAAAAAAU